AUCAUCUUCUCAUUUUCCACUUUGCUUCCAUCUCUCAUCAAAAUUUCGUCAUAAUUUGCUCUCAGAAAGAAAAAGAAAAAAAAAAACGUCAUUGUUUAUCUCCAUCUUCUACUUUAUCUUCUUCAAGAAUUUGAGCAAGAAUGCGAAAUUUGAGCUUGCUCAAGCAAGAAUUCCUAAGGAAAUGGAUAAAGGAUCUAAAGAAAUAUAACUCUCAAAAGAAGAAUAUGAACUUGUUCGAGAGAAAGAAAGCCAUAAAGCUUUCUGCAGAUUUAGCCAUGGCUUCCACGUCUAAAGACAAAACUACCCUUUGGAGAAAAGCCCUAAUUGCAAAUACUUCAACAAGCAUAGAUGAACAAGACAUAUCAACAACCUCAUCUUCACAUAAGAAGGUAAUAAGGAAAAACUCGACGAAUUCCUAUUCUCUUUAUAGAAAAAGGAAAAUUGGAAGGAGAAAGAUAAAUCGUGCAAAGGAAAGAGUGGAGGCAAGUUUUAUAGCGACACGGUUGGUUAAGAAAAGAACAAGAAGGCUCAAGAGUUUGUUGCCAGGUGGAAAAUUCAUGGAUGAUGCAUGUUUGGUUGAUGAAACCCUAGAUUAUAUAGAAUCUCUCAAAGCUCAAGUUGAAGUGAUGAGAUGUCUUGUUACUGCCUCCGAACUCUUCAUUAAUCCACCGUAAAUUAAUAUAGAUUACAUGUAUAAUCAAUCCAUAGUAUUAGCUUUUAUUAUAUAUUAUAUUGAUAUUAAUUAUAAAUAUAUUUUUUUAUGGAGGAAAGAGGUGAUUUCUAUACAUACAUUAAGGCAAUGUACAGAGGAAAACAUAUAUGUAAGUCGAAUUACCUAAGUUUUUACUUUUCAUGA